AUGAAGCCCCCGCCGCUAGCCGUGGUGGCGUGGCUGCCCCAGCGCUGCUUGCUCCCUGCUGCGGUCUCUCGCAAUGACUCAGAUCCGGGCGGCGAGAUAGGCUCUGAUUUAGUUGUUGUUCUAUCUCUGCAGGCAUCUAGGAUAAUAUUAGCAACUGAUGAUGAUCAUCCAGGUCAGGCUCUGGCCGAGGAACUUGCUCGUCGACUUGGUAAAGAAAGAUGUUGGAGAGUCAAGUGGCCAAAGAAGAAUGAUACAGAUACUUGCAAGGAUGCAAAUGAGGUACUGAUGUUUUUAGGUCCGCAAGCAUUGAGAAAGGUUAUAGAAGAUGCAUAA